CCGUGCAAAAUAAUCAGUGGUUGCGUCAUUGUCGGUUUGGGAUGUUAUCUGGGGUUUCAGGGCAUUGUGCACACGAAGAAGUACAAUAAAUACGGACUCUACGGCCUCUCUGCAGCAACUUUCCUGUACGGUUUUGCGCGGCUUCUUGACCUCGGCCCGUUUCAGCGAUCGAGCGAUCGCGACUGAGUUCUCCAUGGCUUCCAGCAAUAACGUCCAGGAAUCCGUUGAGGAGGAAGUGGAGGACUUCUACUUUGAGUCCGAACAUCUUGCCUUGAAGAGAAACCCGGAUUACCACAGUUUGGUGAAGACAAUAGCAAUUUUGCAGGCUCAGCAAGCGCAAGUCGUCAAGGAUAUCGAUAAAUUGGCCAAUAUGCAAGUGGAAGCGCUGGAAAACCCCGAGGAGUUCGUUGAGAAACUGAGAAGAGGCGAAGAUUUGGGAUUCCCUCAGCGAAUAAAAGUCGCCACAGUGCCUGAGAUUGACAUGAGCAAGUAUCAAGUUCAGCCUCCGGCAGUUUCCAGCCAAGAGGAGAGGGAAAAUUCCGUAGUGGAAGAUGAAGAGGAGUCGCGAUUGAACUCUCUGAAGAGCAGCGUGGCAAUUCGUCACUGGACAGUGGAGGAGCAGAAGAAACUGGAGAAACUCCUCACUGAAUAUCCUCCGGAGCCGGUUGAGACGAGGAGAUUCGCGAAGAUCGCUCGCGCUUUGGGGAAUCGAACAACUCAACAGGUGGCAAGUCGCUGCCAGAAGUACUUCAAGAAGCUCCGCAAGGUUGGACUUCCCAUUCCUGGCCGAAAUCCAAAGAGUGUCAUCCGUCAAUCGAUUGCCAAGAUGAGGUGCUUCAAUGGAGUAAAGUCCACCUUCUUUCCGGAUCUGCAAGUGCCUGUGCACAUGAAUGAGGACGACGAUGAGUUCUGGCCGCAAGCGUCCUCGCUGAAAUCGUCACAGGAGGAAGACACGUCUUCCCGCGACGAGGAGAAGUACAUCACGGUGGACGAUACGGACGACGAGGAACCGCACAGCUCCCAGGCAGCGAUCAUGAAGCUGGCCAAGCGAAUACAAGCCGAGAAGAAGAGGGAUUUGGAAGACAGACCAACAAGCUUGCAUACUGGAUAUGAGUGCAAUCUCUGCAAGGAAGAGCCUCUCCAGGGGACCCGUUGGCACUGCAAAAUGUGUGAGGAAUCCACGGAUUACUGCACCGACUGCCUCUUCACGCAACUCAUGGAGCCCAAUCUUCAGCAUUCUCUCGCACACAAGUUCAUUGCUCUUCGCGUGCCCCCGAGUACUCCUCAGAUCCGAUAAGUGUUCCUGGAAACCAAUAUUUGGCGGCCAGAGAGAAUCCAGUCAAAUGCGAACAGAAACGCCCGCCAAUUGUUGACUACAGUAUCGUGUUGUGCAGUUGAAGACAUGAUUAGAGAUAAAGUAGCGCAAUAAAUAGCUUUAAUCGAGCAUUAUCUCUUCAA